UAUACGAGCAAGUCAAUGUAUUUCGUUUAAUAAUUACUGUACAUAACAAAACAUAAAAUCAGUUCUCACAACAAUGCAUGGGGGCACACAGAGUGUGCUGUAGCUCCGGCCAUGGCGUCCGCUGCAUGCUACUAUUGCACCUUGAACAAAGCUGUUUAUCUUUCUAGAGCUCUUUGCUCCGCUUUUCUGCAGCCUCAGAACAACCUUCCAGCUGCAGCUGCUUAUGACAGGCUCGGUGGAAAACUCUCCAGGCAAAGUGUAUUGUUUGUAGGGGACGAGACAGCUGUGCCUACUGCUAGGAUUAAGUACAGGAGGAUUGCUUCAGCAGCCAUGAGUGACAGCCAGCUGAGGACUCAACAGGUACAGGCUUCUGAGGAAGUUGGGGCUUCCUCUUCUGAAGUGCGUUCAGCAGAGUCAAUGCGGGAAGCAGGCGCUUCACCUGAGGCAGCCGCCGCCCGGGCCAGCCAAUCAGAGGGCGGUGACCGGCGGCGCCACCGUCUUAUUGGAGAUGUCCACAAAGCCUAUGAAGAAAGCUCAAGGUUGCUCCCUGGGUGCUGGAUUGUAGUGCGCGUCGACGGCCGGGCCUUCCACAGGUUUGUGGAAGUUCACAACUUCGCCCGCCCUCACGACCGCGCUGCCAUCGGGCUCAUGGAGGCAGCCGCAAAGGCAGUCACUGAGGAGUUUGCUGACAUCAUGCUGGCGUAUGGCCAAAGCGAUGAGUACAGCUUCGUGUUUCACAAGGAUACGGACAUCUACAACCGGCGGACCAGCAAGUUCUCUACCCUCAUCGCGUCCCUGUUCACAUCGCACUUCGUCCUAAAAUGGCCGUCGUUCUUCGACACCCCCCUCAAGCUCGCCCCCUCCUUCGACGGCCGAGCCGUCUGCUAUCCUUCAGUGGAAAUGGUCCGAGACUACCUCGCAUGGCGGCAACUAGACUGUCACACGAACUGCCUGUUUACGACGUGUUACUGGACGCUUGUCGACCGGGGAGGCAAGACCGGGAAGGAAGCGGAUAAGAUACUGAAUAAAGCGUCCAAGGGCUUCAAGAACGAGUUGCUCUUUUCGGAGUUUGGAAUCAACUACAACGACCUGCCACCGGUGUUCAAACGAGGAACUCUGCUACUGAAACGGCGGGAACAAGUCGAGCUGCGGACCAAAGAAGCGACUCCGUACACCCCUGCCGGGACUCCGUACUCUCGGACGCUCACGCACGUGGACGCUUUUCAUGAAGACGUGGCGCAAGGGGACUUCUGGCUCAAGCACUGCUCCGCUCUCUUUUCGGAUCAGACCAAAAGGAUCGAGAAGCUGGAAACAAUGCCCGGCGAUGAACAGGCCGCUUCAAAAGAAUCGCCCCAAGGGGGAGCUGUUUGUGAACAUGGACCUGCAUGAUCUGGUGAGAAGUGCUUUGCAGGCGUGAAAGAGAAUUGCUGAAAAUUAGUUAAAAUUACAUCCUCCGCCUACUCGGCUUCCAGCGGUGCAGUAGUGCAGCCAACUGUCUUAGUUACGUGCAUACUUCACGAUGACCGAGUCACACAAUCAUCAGAGUCAAAAGUUACAUAGGCGUGUGCACACUGAGCUACUUCAACGGGGUCGUGAUAUGCAUACUGACCAGGCUGCUCGCAUUUUUGCUCACCUGGCAUGCAGCUCUGGGCUUGUGGACGGUACGUAACAGGCCACAGGCUGAUACAUUUCCG